CAUUUACACGUCUUUAUAGGGGAUUCAUUCCACCAUCAUCAUCAUCUUAGAUCGCAUCCAUAUAUUAUCAUUAUCAUAUAGGUAUUCUCAGUAUCUGCAUUCUCCAACUCAUCUCAAUUACACCUCUCAACCAUCUUUACAAUGCCCACUGAAAACAUACCGCUCAUUCAAGAUGAGAAUGCUAUACAUCAAAAUGUUCGCUUAACUAGAUCAAAGACUUCAACUGUCCAUGAUAACAAACAAUCCAAUACUACAAACACCAAAGAGUCUUCAAAUACCCAGAGGAGACCUGCAUUAUCAAAUUUGACAAAUACUUCAUCUCAGGCUGCUAUAACGAAGAAUUUGAAAUCAAAACAACAACAACAAAUAACAACAAUCAAAGAAGAGAAAAGACUACCGUUGAAAAGACCAGCAACUGAAUCAUCAUCUACACUAGCUGACCAAGCUCGCUCAAGUGCUCCAGAUCUAAAGAAACCUAGAAUAGAUUAUGAAUGGGAAGAUUUAGAUGCAGAAGAUUCAGAUGAUCCAUUAAUGGUUAGUGAAUACGUUAAUGAAAUCUUUGAUUAUUUACAUGAACUAGAAUUGAAAACUUUACCAGACUCAACUUAUCUAUCAUGGCAAAAGAAUUUAAAACCUAAAAUGAGAUCAAUAUUAGUUGAUUGGAUUGUUGAAGUUCAUCUAAGAUUUAGAUUAUUACCUGAAACUUUAUUUUUGGCUAUAAAUUUAAUGGAUAGAUUCAUGUCAAAGGAAACAAUUCAAGUUGAUAAAUUACAAUUAUUAGCCACUGGAUCUUUAUUUAUUGCUGCCAAAUAUGAAGAAGUUUACUCCCCAAGUGUUAAAAAUUAUUCUUAUGUUACUGAUGGUGGUUAUACAGAGGAAGAAAUUUUAGAAGCUGAAAAAUUCAUCUUAUCAGCUUUAGAUUUUGAUCUGAGUUAUCCAAAUCCAAUGAAUUUCCUAAGAAGAAUAUCAAAAGCUGAUGAAUAUGAUAUUCAAACUAGAACAAUAGGGAAAUAUUUACUAGAAAUCUCUAUAAUGGAUCAUAGAUUUAUUGGUUUAAAACCUUCAUUAUGUGCUGCUGCUGCAAUGUAUGUUUCAAGAAAAAUGUUGGGAAGAUCAGAUUGGAAUGGAACUUUAGUUCAUUAUUCAGGUGGUUAUAAGAAAAAUGACUUCAAACAUGUUGUGGAAUUAUUAUUGGAUUAUUUAACUCAACCUGUUAUUCAUGAAGAAUUCUUUAAAAAAUAUGCCUCCAAGAAAUUUAUGAAAUCCUCAAUCUUAGCAAGACAAUGGGCAAAGAAAAUCGAAGCUGAAUGUAUUGAUAUUAUGGAGGAUAAUGAUGAUAAUAGUAAUAAUAAUAGUAAUAAUGAUGAUGAUCAAGAAUGAAAGAAGAAAUA